CAAACAUGUUCCUCUCAUCAUAGUGGACAGAGUAAUUGUAGAAUUAGACUGAGCAAAACAGGAAAUAGAUAAUGCAGGAGAUGGAAAUUGUAUUGGCAUCUACUGUACCUGAAACUAAUUCAAAGCUUUUUCUUGUAAUAACCAGGCCAGAAUCACUUGGGUGUCACCAAUGAGGGGAAGACUUUGCUUAUCAGUGAAGACCAGCCUAUGGAGGGAGUGGCAGAAGUUCAGCUCAAUGUCACCCAUUCCAACCAGUUGGUAAGGGAAGAAGCACAAGGUAAAAUAAAAGCUCUCCUAGAUGCCAGUUCCUCAGAGGUCAGUCUAGUCCCAUCCACAGGAGUAGCAGCAGAUUUUCUAGAGGGGCUGAAGACAUUCAGCAACUUGUGCAAGCGUCACACAGACUUGGUGAAGUGCUUGGAGAGGAGCAUAGGGAGGGAUGGAUUCUACAAGCUCAUUGGAUUGACUCAUGAUUCCAUUCAUUUCCAUGUGAAGGUGUACACCAUUGAAGGGCUACGUUGGCUUCAAAGUGAUGUCCAAAGCGGCCGCAUCGGACAUCAGCUUGGAAAGGUGCUCGUCUCUGAAAAAAACAAGCAGCUAGUUCUAGAGGACAUCGUUCUAGAUGUUGCGCCUGAAGGAAGUGGUGCUUGGGAUCUACUUUCACAUGCAGUCAUUGACCCAAUCCUUCCAAGCACUAGUCUGUCAAUAGAUUUUGAGAAUAGGGAAGCGUUGAAUGAAGACAGAACAUCAUCGUCAGAUCUCAUGGCCCACCAAGGACACCCAGUUGUCCCGGAAUCCACAGUCAGACAGCAGAUAGUCACUCAUGAGGAAGAAAAUUCUGGUCACCUAGCUGGUAGUUCUUCUCUGGCAACACCUGGAGAAGUUGCUUCAUUGGCAUCACAUGUAUCAAUGAGCCAGGAGAAAUGUAGGCCAGACGAUGCUGUGGACAAAGAAAAAGAUUCUGCAACAAGCACAGAGAAAGCACAUCCAGGUGAAGCAUCAAAAAAGAUGAUGGACUGGACAGAAGAAGAGGUGGCCAUCUGGCUGAAAAGUAACGUACAUCUCUCUGAUGAACUUGUCAGUAAGUUGAAAGGGGUGGAUGGUUUCAUGUUGGUAAGGUAUACAAAAGCUGAACUGAUAGAAGAUUUCGAACUCUCUGCAACAUAUUGCAGAAGGUUGAUGUUAAGGAGGGAGCAUUACCUUGAAAAAGAACGAAUGGGCAUGGUGGCAACUCAAGAAUCUGAAUCAUCUGACAGAAGGGAUGGAAAUUCCAAGGUAAGUGCAAUGGAGAGUGUGAAUACACCCAGUCAAGAGCCUACCCCACCACCAGCAACAUCAGCAGAUGCAGAUGAACCUGUAACACAGGUAGAAAGUAUGCAAAAUACCUCAUCUUCUUCACCUAUGGGUAACAUCCAAUUAGACUCUAGAGGUGUAGAGGCUUCAGGUAAAAAACAAACUACAAGAGCUCCUUCUCUAAGCGAAGUUCCUGUUACAUCGCUGGAGAUGGAAAAGGACACUGUUGAAUCUACUAUAGACAGGGAGACAGGAUACGGGUCAUCCUAUACUUCUGCCACACCAAAUCCCUCUGAAGUGGAUUUAAUAUUGCCUCCGUUUGAUCAUCCAGAAAGGCAAAAAUCACUGUAUCAGGGAUCUGGGAUUGGAGGUAUGGACAGUGACUCACAUACAGAAAGGAAGCUUACUAAUCUUCUUCUUGGGUCUGACAAAGGUGAGCUUGAUUCAUCAUAUUACCCAGUUCUGGUUGUCAACACACCCGCUCAACAGUUGAGUUCUGCAGAGUUGGAGGAACGGUUUGGUUUCAUGUCUUCUGUCAGUUGGAAUGUUGUCUUUGACUGCAAUGCAGAUUCCAACAAGACAGGGCUCUGUCAGUAUGUGAAUCAGAGGAAAUCAAUCAAGAUCUUGAGUGCAGAUACAUUCACAGUCGAGACUGAGGAUGUAAAUGCCCUUAGAGAAGGAAUUUACUUUCCAGAGAUUCCUGUUUGGGUGUUCCCUAAUGGUCGGAAUGAUGUGAAUCUGAAAGGAAAGGACAAGAUGUCAGAUAUGGACUGGAUGAGAGAGCGCUCACAUGCAGUCUUGAACACUGUCCGGUUCUUCUCUCACCCUGGUGUCAUUCCGCCAGGCAGAGCAGUCGUUGUGUUGUUCCUGCUUUCAUAUUCAGAUAUCAUGGUCAUGACUCAGUUGUUCAGGGAGUUCUACACUUCCAAAUCGUUUCAGGAUCUGAAACGUUUCACUGUCAUCGCAGAGAAUCAAGGUAUACUGCACAAAUGGAUACAGCAUCUUGAAAGUCAAAGCAUCGUUUCAAGCAAGGAUAUGAAAGAUAGAUGUCUUGGAGGAGUGCCAUGGCAGGAUAUCAACACAUACAUGUUGAGACUUCUAGGGUCCUGUGAGACACGUUUGCCAGUACUUCCUGUGGCUCCUAAAGGACAGUGUGACCUAAUGAAGAAACACCAGAGUCAGUGGACAGACAUAUCCAUCCUAGCAAAGAAUGAGUGUGAAAACACUUCUAUGGAUGAGAGUAACCCCAAAUUCUUGGACUUUGUUCAAGAGAACGAGCUACGAUACUAUCAAGGUCAUGGAGUUGACUGGUGGAAUUUCUAUCUGUCAGAAGAGAGGUUGAAUGGAGGCAAGGGCUACAAUCAUGUUCUGAAGCGUCAGAACUACAAAAGGCUCUAUUCUGAUGUUCAUAAAGUACUCACCUCUCAAGGCAAGAAGGUCCGCCACAUUUCCAUGGCAACUGUCUUUCAUGUAGCAGGUUCAGGAGGCACAACGGUAGCAAAGAACCUGUUGUGGGACUUGCACCGCCAAUACAGAUGUGCAGUUGUCAAUAGGGUUACUAAUGACACUGUGAGUCAGCUUGUUGCCUUGCACAAGUAUGGCUAUGAGGAAGGACAAAAGCCAGGGCCAGUUGUCCUCCUCUUGGAAAACCUGGAUUCUGAGACCAUGCGAUCAUUUCUAAUAAGCCUUGAAAGAGAAACCAGGUACUUAGAAAACAAUGGAUUGGCUUUUGUUCUUAUCCAUUGCAAAAGAACCUCAGAGCCGGAACGUCAUCAGCAGAAGGAAGAAUCAAAGCCAAGCAUUUGUGUUGAACAUACACUAACAGAAGAAGAGAAUCAGUGGUUCACAAAGAAGACCAAAGAUCUUGAGCAGAGAAAUGUGUUCAAUGAAAAGGAGUCUCCCGAGCUCCUUCUUGCUUUCAUGGUAAUGAAAAAAGAGUGUAAUCCUGAAUACCUGAAAAAUGUUGUGAAAGGCAUUCUUCCACCAGUUGACAAAGAACCCAAGAAGGCACUCCUGAAUGCAGUCAAUCUAUUGAAGUAUAUCGCUGUAGUGCAGAUGUACAAUCCUGGAUUUGCAAUGCCUGUUUCUGCCUGUGAUGGUUUUAUGCAAAAACAACAUAGAGUGAUGUUGAGUGGUCGCCAACAGACAUUUGGACCCUGGGAGAAAGAUAGGCAGCCAUUUCUAAACCUACUUCUCCUUGAAGAAUUCAUUCAAGAUAUUGAUGGCUGUGUGAAAGGCCUUGCAAUCGUCCAUCCUGUUAUUGCAACAGAGAUUGUAGAUCAGCUUGGUGAAGUCUUUCAACAAAAACCUGCUGAUAUGAUCCUUGAACUUCUUGAGAAGUCAACAAUUCUGGACACCUUGUCUUACAGCAAAGGCUACAUUCAGAAGGUUUGCAGAGAUUUGAUGGUAAGGAGACUGAAGAAAGAGUACGGAGAUGAUAGAGAAACUGACUUUGCCCCUUUCAUUGAAGAUGUAUAUGCAGAGGAUAGGGCAAAGGCAUACAAGAUCAUGGAAGUUGGCAUCAAGAAAUUUCAAGAUCCAUACAUAGCACAACAGAAGGCUCGACUUCACAGCAAGGGAGAAGAUGAUUUUAAUAAUGCAGAACAAGCUAUCAAUAUAGCACUUGGCAUUGUUAACAACAACUCAUACUUGUGGGACACAAGAGGAAUCAUCCUUCGACAGAAGAUGAUGACACUGUAUGGGGGCAGGGUAGACCAAGAAGUUACCAGUGACAGUGAAAUGAAGGAGUUGUUGGACACCUUCCGUGAAUCUUGCGCAGCAUUUCAAAAUGCUCAGAAGGCUAUGGUAGAAGAAACAAGAAAAAGGAAUUAUGCUGGCUUUGUGGGUGAAAUCAUCACAAUUGGUAAAUUCCUGGAAAUUGUACAGAAGAGAGUGAGACCUUUCCGUUACAGGAAUGAAGGAUUGGAGACUUUGAGGAAGUAUCUAAUGACAGAUUAUAUUCCUCCUGAAAUCACCCUACCUUCACUCCUUGAAUUCAGUGAUACCAUGAAAUCAUUGUCAGAGAGGGUUGAUGAAGUACUUGGGCGUUUCACUGACUAUCUUGUUCACUGUGCACAGCAACGAUUUGGUGGAGCCUCGUACAGAAUCUAUGAUGACAAAUUGGAGAAGAUCUACACUGCCAGACAACGCUUCUUCGCCUUGUCAUCUCCACCGCUUGGAAAGUACCCAGUGGAAACUGCUUAUGCAAUGAGACGAUCUGAAGUGAAAAUGCUGAAUGCGGAUGGAUACCAACAGAUCUUUGACAUGGUUUCAAAGACAAAAGUGGCUGAUCUCAAACACGUUCAAUCUUUGCUCAGGCAAAACCUUGGUAGUCCAAGUCUUUUUGACAUCAGGAACUUUGUGUUUACCCUCUUUGCCUUGUCAGUCUGUUCCGAUGAAGGAUUAGAUGAGGAAAAGGCCAGAAAGUCAGUGAACACCUUGAAGAUGAUGGAGGAAAAAGACAAUGGGUUCUAUGGCUUGUUCUUUGAGAUGCUGUUGAAUUGGCCCGAUGGCACACCCAAAGAAGGAAGCACACCAAUCGGAGAGACAAUUAGGCAACUGAAGGCUAAGUGGGAUAGUAAAUACCGCAAUAAGGUGUAUGCAGAGUCUCGACACGACCUGACCAAACGAUCCAAAAUUCGUCAACAUUUCAGCCCCAUGAAGCCUUCCACAGAGUUCUAUCUUGGAUUUCAGAGUAAGAAAUCUCCAUUUGUCCAUCGGAAGUCCAUUGGACGAGUCACGUAUGACAUAUGGAAAGAAGACUCCAUCAAGAAGAGACUCAGGCGGUUGAAUGGUGUCCUAGACAGCAAGCACUUUGUCUCGUAUAACCCUGAUGGAGAAGAACCAGUUAAGAUCACUCUGUCUCUUCCCAUCAAGGGUCUACCUAGCCAGGAACCUGUUCAGUUCUACCUAGGGUUCUCAUUUGCUGGCCCUCUUGCAUAUGAUGUAGUCUACAAGGACAACAGAGGAGAGACCCCCUUCAUUGCAAAAGAAAGUUCUACAAACUACCCUUCCUAUGUCAAUGAAAUUGAUGAUAUUGAUGAGCUAUUGAUGUAAGCUAUGACUUCUAAAAUGCUAUGGAACAUCACGAAGCUAGUUUCUACAGAUUACGGUGCUUAGCAAAUACAUACAUGCAGGUGUCCUUAGUUAUAUGGAUAAAGUUUGUUCAGAGUGCUCCAUUUCGAUCCCAUUAAUCAUCAGACUAGCAAGUUUGUUUCUUGAGAAUAGUGAAUAUUCUUGGAAUUCCAACGGGAAUAAUUGUAUUGUUUUCUGAUGAAUUCCUGAAUGCUUGCCAAGUACAAUAGAAGGAAGUCUAAACACUUACACUUGAAAUUAUUUCUCUUAAAUAUUUGUAGCUGUCAGACAUAAAUUCAAGAGAUCUUUAUUUCAAAGUAUGCUUGUCAUCAUAAAGCGGGACUGCACUACUUGUAGCUACUCCCUCUAUAUACAUGUAGCAAACAAUGCCUUAGCGGUACACAUUGGUCCCCC